CAUUUCUAGUCGGACUCGUAAAAGGUAUGCACCCAGGCGUGUUGCGUUCUCCGCAAGUGUCCACGCUGGUUCUGGUUGUAAAUAUGUGCGGUCGCCGCUAAAGCAAACUAAAAGUGGGGUUAAUUUUUGAACCCGUAAAGCUCCAGCGAUAAACGAUCCAACAUGAAGAUCAAAAGACAGAAACAAGCUAAGAAAACGAUCAGCUUUUACAAAUACAACUUCAGCUUCAGGGAGCCUUUUCAGAUCCUCAUUGACGGAACUUUCUGCCAGGCGGCGCUGAAGAACAAGAUCCAGAUCAAGGAGCAGAUGCCCAAGUAUCUGAUGGGAGAAGUCCAGCUCUGCAGCACAAGCUGUGCUUUGAAGGAACUUGGGACUCUUGGGAAGCAGCUUUAUGGAGCUAAAAUCAUCCUGCAGAGGUUUCAGGUCAGGAAAUGUGCACAUCUGAAAAACCCAGUCCCAGCGUCUGAGUGUCUGCUGUCAAUGCUGGAGGAGACGAACCCACACCACUACUUUGUUGCCACGCAGGACCGUGCAGUAACUGAUGGACUCAAAAAGAUCCCAGGUGUCCCUCUGCUCUACAUCAUCCUCAACACCAUCGUGCUGGACAAGCCCAGCCAGGCGUCCCUGGACCACGUCCAGACCGUUCAGCUGGGGGAGCUGGUGACCUCGGCCCAGCAGCAGAGCAUCCGCAGCCUGAAGGAGGAGCAGGGCAUCAGCCAGAAAGACGGGGAGAGGCGCGGGAAGAAGAGGAAGAGGAAACAGAGCAACCCCAACCCUCUGAGCUGCCUGAAGAAGAAGAAGAAGAAAGGUGUGGCGACUCCGGCGCUGAAGAAGACGGAACCAGGAGAGAAGAAGAAAAGAAGUCGACACAAGAGAAGAAAAGCGGCAGAAGGAGACAACAUGGAUGCUCCUGUAGUUAUUAGUACGUAGUGGGACAGAGAGACAAAGACUCAUGCUUUUAGUUUCUUACACAAUGAGCAACAGUUUUAACAGACUCUCCAUUCUUUAGAAGGAACCAGACUUUCUUGAUCUCCUUUUGGGUUGUAGGAUAUCAGGAAAAACAUAAAAAUUGCAAUAGUGUUCCUAAAGAUUACAAUGAAAAUAUUAAUUCUGAUAAAUCAUCAAGGAUUACCAGGAUUGUUUCUUUUUCCUCCAGGACAAUCAUCACCUCUGUUAGAUUUUGCAUGUUGCAUGAAUAAAAAUAGACAUGAAGGGUCAGCGCUGAGAGCAGUGGAGUUCCUCACAACAGGCCAAAUACGAUGUUUGUAUUGAGACAAUUUGCAUAGAGGAGUGUCCAAACUUUUGUCACAUGGGCCAAAAUCAAGUCGAACAGACUUGAGGGCCAAAGUAAAUGUAAUUUUGCCAACUCAACCAUAAAUUAAACGUGUAAUUCUGUAA